GGGCGGGCCGGAGCGGCGCGGGCUGAGCGGCGCCGGCGUGCGCGCAGCCCUUUAAAGCGCCCCGGGCGGGGGCUCGGGCAGAUCUCGGGCUCCCCGGACCCCUCCUGCACCCUGGGACCCCAGCAGCCCGAACCCCAGCCUCGGAGUAACGCGGAAUCCGAGCGACCUCGCCUCCAGCCCGUGGACAUGAUGACCCUUGCCUGGCCCCGGCUCCCGCGCCUCGAGACCGCGGUCGCUCGGACGCUCCUGCUCGGCUGGGUGCUGGCGCGGGUGGCCGAUGCUGAAGGCAGUCCAGCUAGAGCGUAUAAUUUAACUUGGAAAUCAACUAAUUUCAAGACAAUCUUGGAGUGGGAGCCCAAACCCAUCAAUUAUGUCUACACUGUUCAGAUAAGCUCUGCAUUAAGAGAUUGGAAAAGCAUAUGCUUCUCCAUAACAGUCACGGAGUGUGACCUCACCAAUGAGAUUGUCCAGGAUGUGCGGCAGACAUACUUGGCCAGGGUCAUUUCCCUCAUGCCAAACAACACCGGUUUUGUUGAGGACGCUCGCUAUAGAAAUUCCCCAGAAUUUACACCCUACCUGGAGACAAAACUUGGACUGCCAAAAAUUGCGAGUUUUAAACAAGUUGGGACGAAACUGAAUGUGACAGUACAUGACACACAGACGUUAGUCAGAAGCAAUGGCACUUUCCUAAGUCUUCGGGACAUUUUUGGCAAAAACUUAAAUUAUAUACUCUAUUAUUGGAAAGCUUCAACUACAGGAAAGAAAACAGCUGUGACAAACACUAAUGAAUUUUUAAUUGAUGUGGAGAAAGGACAAGAUUACUGUUUCCUUGUUCAAGCUCUGAUUCCAUCCCGAAAAGUUAACAAGAAGAGCCCAGAAAGCAUGACAGUGUGUACAAGACAUGAGAAGGGUGUGUUCAGAGAAAUGUUCUUCAUCGUGGGAUUAGUGAUUUUGGUCAUCAUCAUUAUUGUUGUCCUGUCCCUGUUUCUGCACAAGUGCAGAAAGGCCAGAGCAAAGCAGGGUGGGAAGGAGAACUCACCACUGAACAUCGCGUAAAGGAGGUAUUGUCGGAGCUGCAGAGUCCUGCACGUGCUGCACUGCACAGUGACUGAGAACGUCCCAGAGACUGUGCGUAAGCACAAGCGAGUGUGGAGCAUGAGCCUCUGGGCUCAGGAAAUCCUCAUGCGACCUGUCAUUACGGUUACCACUCUGGUUUCGAUAUCAGCAUCACUCACUUUGGAAUGUAACAAACGGUACAACCAAUUCCAGGUUGUAAUUUUUAACACUAUGGCACCUUUUGCACAUAUCAUGCCUUAGAUUGUAUAUUCUGGACUUAAAAAAGAAACUAGGCUUCAGGGCAAAAGCGGUUGAGCAGAUGCCUUAAGAAGUCGAGGGUGGACUUCAGAAGAACUUGGAGGAGGCUGACGUGAGAUGCUUUUGGGAAGUAAAAUGAAAUCGGGUAGACCUUGUUAAUGUACAUCUGUUCUUUUAUAAUACGGUAUUUAGGUUCUUUUGUUUUUCUAGGAGUACUUUUGGAAGUUCAGAGCAAUUGGCAAGCUUUUACGUUACGAGACAUCUAUUUUGGGUACAAGAGACAUCUAUUUUGGGUACUUCUCUAAUAUGCAUUACAGUUUGGCACUUUAACUGACAUAAGUGGUGUAGUAGAACAUCUGACAGACAGCUAACUAUAGCUUUAGAGACUACUAAUGACAAACUACAUAAAGUUCAUGAUUUAAGGUACUUAUAGCUAUGGCUAACAUUGUGUAUAUUUAUGUAAUUUUUAAAAGGUUUUAUAUAUUGGGAUUUUUCUAUUUAUAUAGAUUCUAUUUGUAUAUGUUGAGAUAAUUUAUUCAGUAUACUUUUAUAGAAAUAAAGGUGACUUGGAAAUUGAGAAUA